GCCGCCGACUGCUCCGCGGCCCUGCGCGAGACCUCGCCGCCUCCGGCCCCGCUCGAUAAGCUCGCUUCCAAAAUGUUGUCGGCGAUGAACCGUGGUUCGAGGAGAGCCGACAUGGAGACGUUCAAGAGUGGUUUGCUCGCCAUGUCGACCGAGGGGAGUGUCACAGUGGGUUCGGCAUGUUCUGGCUGCGACAUCGUGAAUCAUGUCUUCAGGGUGUUACUUACCCACGCGCAGAGGUCGAUGGCCGAGCAUGUCCCGCAGGUGCGACACGUCUUCUCGUGCGAGAAGGACCCGUCCAAAAUCGCCUUCUUGAAGAAUGAGUUCGCCCCGGAGAUCUUGUUCGAUGACGUGCGCGUGCUGACCAAGCGGUCUGGAGUGAACUUGAUGACGGGGAAGGCUCAGCGCGUUCCAGGCGUUGACAUUCUGGCUGCUGGCUUUAGCUGUAAAAGCCGUGCCGCUACGAACAACAAGAGCCACUUGCACGUCAACUGCAUUCAGAACAAAGAUCCCGAGGCAGAGACGUCCAUCACAUUCCACGCGAUCGCGGACUACAUCAUACGGUUUCGCCCACGGUUGUUUUUCUUGGAGAACGUUAUGUCCCUCGGUCAGAAGAAGGACGGCUCCGACGACGCCUCGGACAUGGAGUGGAUCUGCGAGUACUUCGCCAACAGCGGGUUCGCGAUGAAGACCUUCGCGUUCGACGCCGCCGACUUCGGGGGCCCUGCUUCUCGUCGGCGGCUUUACCUCCUCGGCUGGCCCAUGGAGUUCGAGUCCGACGACUCGCCCGCCGCCCCGGCGAUGCCCCUCGAUUACUUGGAUAGUUUCUUGGGCUCGCUGCUGGUCGAGGGUCCCGACAUGAACUCGUUCUUGAUUGCCAAUCCCGACCAGUGGGAGUCAGAGAUGGCCAAGUACACGGCCACUCCAGCCUUAGGCCCGUCUCGCAAGGAGGCCAAGAAGGAUGUGGAGUGGCACAAGGAGCACUGCAAUGCUUUCCGCGAUGCCGAUCUGCAGUGGCCAGCUGAGGGGGUCGACCCGGAGGGCUUCGUUGACAUGGAGUUCAAAGGCGUGUCGUUCAAGCUCUACAAGGGCACCCUCUGUGACCGCCAGUUCGAGUUGACGCUCUUUUCCAUGGUGAGUUUCCCCAUGGCUGAGGGCUCGCCGCCGGAGUUCAUGGAUGUUAUGCCCUCCCUCGGGCGCAUCUUCAAAGGGGAGGACUUCGCCACGCCGUGGAGGACGCAGAUGCAGACGAUCACUGCUGCGGCCAGGCCUGUUGUGCGUUUUUUUUGGAAGGGCGAGGUGUACGUUCGCCCUGUCGGUGGUGCGGAGUGCAUGGCGAUCAUCGGCUGGGACUACAGCUUUUGGAAUGACCCGGAUGCGUACAAGUACGAGGACCCGCUGCUGGUGAGCCUGGCCGGCAGCGCCUUCUCGGGCUUCGCCGUCCUCCCGAUGUUGAUGUGUCUCUUCUUCGCGCAGGGCAAGUUCAAGGCGGCUGCCGACGCCAAGGGCCCGAGCGUUCUCAACGGCGACGAGGGCGACGAGGAGCAGGGCGAGUCCGAGAGCGCCGACUCCUCGAGCGAUUGA